GAAGGAAAUAAAUGUUCGCUGGCAUCCUCACGUUGCUCGUCUUUUUCUCCUUGACCACUUUCCAUCAUGUCGUCCGUCCCUCCAGCUCGCUCGACGCCUCCGUCGACGGAGAUGCUUACUCCACCCAUAACACCAAAGCUCAAUGGUGUCGCCAACCCAAAGAAGUUCAUUGAUGAUCCCGAGCACGUACCUGCCGACGCCAACAUUCCAGAUAACUACGUGUCGUAUACUCUCAAGCAUCAAAAGGCUCUUCCUCCAAUCACCUGGGACAACUGGUACACAGAGUUGAACUGGCUGCACUUUGCUAUUCUCGCUGGUACGCCUGUCGUGGGUUUCGUCGGCGCGUACAAGACCCGCCUUCAAUGGGAGACUGCCGUUUGGUCAGUGGUAUACUACUAUAUGACCGGCCUCGGUAUCACUGCUGGUUAUCACCGCCUGUGGGCACACCGUUCAUACAACGCGUCAAAGCCUCUCCAGUACAUUCUUGCCUUGUUUGGUGCAGGCGCCGUUGAAGGCUCUAUCAAAUGGUGGUCACGAGGUCAUCGUGCUCACCAUCGUUACACCGACACCGACCUUGACCCGUACAACGCACACCGCGGUCUGCUAUGGUCACACAUUGGUUGGAUGGUGGUCAAGCCCCGUCGCAAGCCUGGCGUUGCUGAUAUUAGCGACUUGACAAAGAACGAGAUCGUAAGGUGGCAACACAAAUACUACCUGAUCCUUGUUGUUGUUAUGGGCAUCAUCUUCCCCACUGUCGUGGCUGGCCUCGGCUGGGGCGACUGGAUGGGUGGCUACAUAUAUGCUGCUCUUCUGCGCCUGUGCUUCGUUCACCAUUCGACGUUCUGCGUUAACUCACUCGCUCACUGGUUGGGUGAAACACCAUUCGAUGACAAACACAGCCCUCGCGACCACCUCGUCACUGCUCUCGUCACUAUCGGUGAAGGAUACCAUAACUUCCACCACCAGUUCCCCAUGGAUUACCGUAAUGCCAUCAAGUGGUACCAAUACGACCCUACAAAGUGGUUCAUCUGGUCGUGCCAGAAGGUUGGCUUGGCAAGCCACCUGAAGUCCUUCCCUGAUAAUGAAGUCCGCAAGGGUCAGCUUACCAUGCAGCUUAAGCGCCUGCGCGAGACCCAAGAAACGCUCUCAUGGCCUUCCGACAACAGCGACUUGCCCGUCAUUUCCUGGGAGAGCUACCUUGAACAAGCCAAGAGUCGCCCACUUAUCUGCAUUGCUGGCUUCAUUCAUGAUGUUUCGGACUUCCUUGAUGACCACCCAGGAGGCCGUCACUUGUUGACGAAGAACAUUGGCCGAGAUGCAACGACAGCUUUCUUCGGAGGCGUUUAUGACCACAGUAACGCCGCGCACAACCUCCUCGCGAUGAAGCGCGUCGGCGUCCUUCACGGCGGUGCACCACACGGCUUGGAAGACAAGACCAUCCCCCCAAGCCAACGUCUCCGCAUUGCACGAUACAACGAGAUUGGCGGUAGUGGCUACAGCUCCGCAGCCCACUCGGACGGCGAAGGGUCUCCUCGGUUGAUCACCUUCACAACUCUAGAUGCGUGUUUAUUGGCAAGAUAGAUUUUUCAGAAGUUUAUAUCCAUCACUCCCGACCAUGAUUGACAUUGCAUAUAGUCGCUUGCAAAUACCGGUUGUGUCUUAAAAAGCAUGUCGACCUUUUUUCGGUUUCUCCUCAUACGAUACGUACACCCGCUGUCACGUCACGCCCUGUUAUGUUCGCGAUGGUAAUACGAAGGAAGAAUGUAU